AUGCAUCAUUCGGGUGCCGCCGAUGUUGCCAUGGCGCUCUCCGGGUCCACAACCGGAACUGAUGAUCCAAUAGCAUCGGAUCUGGCCGAAUUUAACGUAAGACGGACUUAUCCUUUUCAUUUACCUGCUCCGCUUACCGGUUUGCUUCCAUCGACCACCUGUCCGACCCGGAGACUGGUCUGGUGUAGUCAACGGUUUAUACCUCCUGUUUUCGUGCAUAUUGCCACAAUUGCCCAUAGGGAACACAGAUACGUCAUUUUGCAGCUCAUCAGAACUUACGCAGGAACUCCAGCGGGUGUCUAUGACUUUGCUCCGAUAAAUCUCAGUGAUUUCCUUAUCGUGCUACGUCUACUCAAUCGAAUUAAUUGUGAGCUGAAUAUGAAGGAAGUAAUUGAGGAAAUCGUUGAACUUCUCCUUGGUGCUGCACUACACAACGACUGGUUAUCACCAUCCAUUCGCUUUCGCCCAGGCAAUGGUUCUCUGGUGUUCUAUCGCCGCGAAUUAUCCGGUCUGGCUCGGAGACAGGAUGGCUACCUUUGGAAACGUAAAGCGAAUCGCCGAACUGCCAAAGAAGUGCACAUGGUUCUAAAGGUAGAAGGAGUCGAGAAUCCAUCUAUAGUCCUGUUUCAUUACCUGAACGUUCCAUCUAUCACCAAAGAUGACAAAUUGUGCCUGCCACUUCCGGUGCUCAACUCGAACGAUGAUCAUAAUAUGAGUCGUUCGGAAGUGGCUGAACAGCUCGCUCGGAUGUUGGCUGUUAGUCGUGUAACCAGUUCUCCGUCGUCCCUUCAUGCCAGCUAUCUCAAUCCAGCACCUUCAAUCUGUAUCGCCAUCUUCGAUCUUCUUUUCCUCGUUCCAGUCAAUUGUGCUCCUGGUGGUUUGGGAAAAUCCACGUGA